ACACUUUUUCUAAAAAUUAAAAUCAAACUUAUUUUGUAAACAUUAAAAGCCGAAGCCACAUCAUACAUACCUAAAAUAAAUUUCCAAGAGUCACCCAAAUCUCUUUUUAAUUCUAAAAUUCCAGAUGGCUAAACUGAGAAGACAAAAUUGUCCCUAAUCAGAGUAGAACCCCCAAUUCCAAUAUCUGCUCACUCUCACUGUAGGUGCCAGGUGGUGGACUCUCCGAAAAUAUUAGUGAAUUGUUUAUAGAUUAAGUAGUGAUGGUAUUUCUUAGCUGGACUCGUCCAUCUGCUGAAGACCAGAAAGCAUGUAUCAGCAAGUCUGAUUCCUUUAACUAUGAUAGUAGAUUCAGAGGAGCUACUGAGAAACCUGCUCCUCUACUCAAGCAAGACAAGGAGCUUGCAAAGGAUGGUUUCUCUGUUAAUUGUGCUCGUGUUUUAGUCGGUUCUGGCCUUGACACUUUUGAGAAGGGAAAGGCUGCCCUUCAAAAUUGGAGGCAUUUUGGAUUGAAUUGGGCGUUUGUCGAUCCAAAAGUUCCAAUUCAAAGUGGGACUAAAUUCUGUGUUUGUGUGAAAGAGUUCUUCCCGUGGGUUAUGAUGCCUCUACAGGUGGUUUAUGUCGAUGAGAACAAGAACUUGAAAAAAGGGGUGGCCUCAUUUAGUUUUGGCAGCGGAACUCUACAAGGACAUUUGCUGGCUGGUGAAGAACGUUUUUCAAUAGCAUUGGACGAAAACGAUCAAGUUUGGUACGAGAUACUUUCUUUCUCAAAGCCUGCACAUUUGCUGUCACUAUUUGGAUACCCUUAUGUACUUCUCAGGCAAAAAUACUUUGCUCAUCAUUCAGGUAAUGCAGUGAAGAAACAUUUAUCUGCUUAAAAUAUGUGGGGCUGUAACUGUCAGUUCCCCAUUGUAGACAAGAAAGCCUGAUUGUAAAAGUUACCCAUCUGCAGUUAUAUUGGGUCUGGGUUUCUUUAUUUUUGUUUUUUUGCAUGAAAUGCACGACCUAGUAGCCGGUAAUGCAUUUCUAGCCUCAGAGCUGGAUAAUCAGUGUAAGAAAAUUAUGCGAAUGCUAAAAAGAAAAUCUAUGCAUAAGGUUUCAAUUGGAAGAACCAUUUCAGGAAA